AUGGCCUGCCAGCAUCAAACGGUCCAUAUCGACAGCUCACCGACAGCCGCUUCGGAAGGCAUCGUCCCACCCCCAAUAGCCAGAAGACAAGCAGCAACAAGGCCUUCGGGGCGCGCAACCGGCAAUACGGACGACCAUGCUAGCCUCGAAUCUCUUUUCCCACCGCCUCUCGUUCUCCCAGAUGAUGGCCUGAUAAAUGAGUGUGACGAACCUCCGCAGACGCUACGCUCCUGGAUCUCCUUGAAAGAACGGAAUGCCAUCACACGUCGCCAACAAACCAUCUACGUCGUUCCCCCACCGACCGACGAUAGCGUCAGCCCUUUCUUUUGCUCCUUGAUGCGCCAUUGGGCCCGCUCCGUGGCUGAACCAGCCAAAAUCAGGUGUGACCCGCCGCCAGUAGAAACCAUCCGCGAUUACCUUGAAGCGUUUUACCACCCUUUACCAGUGAAACUUCUCCCGGAAACACCCAAGUUCGUACACUGGGAAGAUAACGAUGAUGAUGACAACACCAAGAAAAACACCCGUCCCGGUCCGCCACAGUACAUCGGCCUGCAAAUCAAGAACAACCUCACACGCAUCACCACGCGAGACACGCCUGACCAACAAUUCCCGCGCCAGCUACAACUCAACGACCUCCUCGACGCAGCCAUCGCCGCGCUGCCCCGGGACGCCUACGCCAUGGUGAUGCUGACACACCACGAUCUCUACGAGGACGACGACGACGAUUUCUGCUGCGGCCGGGCGUACGGUGGCAGCCGGGUGGCCGUGGUGUCGACGGCGCGGUACACGCCGGUGCUGGAUAAGCAUAUGGGCGUCGACCGCGAACAUACCUGGCCAUUGUCCCACUGCGAGGAAUAUGUGCGGAGGAAGUGUUGGGAGGACGCCGCGGCUGCGUCUGAAUUACCCUCCAGCCUCCUUCCCGAGCCCACUCCCACCGUGCUCACUGUCAACGCCACCACCGACGCAAAAUCCCCUUUCGCCAAUGUCCUCCGCUCUGCUAUCGCCCUUCCUUCGCCAACCCCCCUGCGCCCACGCCCACCGCCCAACAUCCCCACUGACGGCAUCGUCACUCCCUCUACAUAUGCAACAGCCACAUCGGACUUCGCAAACUACUGGCUAGCGCGCGUGGUGCUGACCGCCUCGCACGAGGUCGGCCACUGUUUCGGGUUCGCGCACUGCGUGUUCUACGCCUGUGCGAUGCAAGCGACGGGGAGCAUCCUCGAGGAUCUGCGACAGCCGCCGUAUUUGUGUUUGGUGUGUGAGGCCAAGUUGGGAAGGGCUGUUCGUAGUGCUAGUAAUUUAGUAGGUACUGGGAAGGGGGAUGGGGACGAAAAGGAGUGGCUAGUACGGCGGUACGAGAAGCUGGUGGCGUUUUGUGAGCGGAAGGGCAUGCGUGAGGUGAGGAUGUUUGCGGCGUAUCGGAAUUGGUUGAUGCAGCGGAUUGCGGUGGUCAAAGGGGACUCUGUGGAACUUUGA